UCAAGGCCUUAAAUCUUCGAGAGUCUGAAACCCAGAACUAACAGAUAGUGACGAAUGGACAUGGAAGUGGAUCCUCCGAACCCAGAGCAGCAACAAGUAGUCAAAGCAUCAGACCUUUUCAAAGCCGCCGAGAACGGGGACGUCUCAACCUUCCAACCUCUCUCUCCGGUGAAUCUCUCCGAUGCUCUCGUUCUCCGAAAUGAGGAUGAACGUUCCCUUCUUCACGUCGCUGCUUCCUCCGGUCACUCUCAGAUGGUGAAAAUCCUCGCAUCUGCUGAGGGAUCCGCAAAAGUGAUAAAUAGUGCCGAUGAAGAAGGGUGGGCUCCGAUUCAUUCUGCGGCUAGCAUUGGGAAUUUGGAAAUAGUAGAAACAUUGUUGGAUAAAGGAGCUGAUGUUAAUUUGCAAAAUAAUGGGGGCCGAACUGCUCUUCACUAUGCUGCCAGCAAAGGUUGGCUGAAGAUUGCUGAAAUUCUCAUCUCCCACGGUGCAAAGAUCAAUGUUAAGGACAAGGUUGGAAGCACCCCCUUACAUCGGGCCGCGAGCACCGGGAAUUCUGAACUGUGUGAACUUUUAAUUGAGGAAGGUGCAGAGGUUGAUGCUGCUGAUAGAGCUGGUCAAACUCCACUAAUGAAUGCUGUGAUUUGCCAAAACAAAGAGGUUGCUCUUCUUCUGAUAAGACAUGGAGCAGAUGUAGAUGCUCAGGACAAGGAAGGAUACACGGUGCUCGGUCGAGCUCCCAAUGAAUUUAGACCAAUACUGAUAGAUGCUGCAAAGACCAUGCUUGAGGAAUAAAACUCUAAUUGUAAAUGAAGAGGGAUAGUACUGAAGUCUGGUUUUCCCAGGGGACGAGUUUUACACAUAGAUCCUGGAAACACAAGUGUUCAUAAUGUUGAAAAAUUAUUUGAGGUUCCGAAUAGAUGAAUAGUUUUUUUAUGCUCAACUAUCAAAAGGGAAAAUAAAUACUCAUGUGCCCAUGCUUGGUUUUUUUCAUA